AUGCAGUCUAACGUAAUCAAGCUGUUGCAGCAUUUGCAAUUCACGCUCUCAGAAUGUAUUGCGGUCGUGUCAGGAGCAAGACUUCCCUUCGAGCAGCAAGUCAGACCGGACAACGUGAGUGACGACGACCUAACAGAUGAAUCCGAAGAUGAAGAGAAGCCGGGAGCAACGAAGGAGCUUUCGAUGCGCCUGGAAAGCAUUGGGGACAUCAUCAAUAGCCUCUAUAGACUCAGCUUCAAGAUCCGAAACCCUGACCUCAGAUUCAAGUCGCUGAAGCCGCGCCUAUAUCGAGAGGUCGAUCCCGAAACCAAUACGGAUCUGUUUUCUCAAUUCGAGAUACACGAUCAGCAGCAUGUAAUCGACCUCAUUCUUGACCUCCGAAAGGAUAGAGUGCCCCCUGAGGGGUUCAACGACUACAUGGUGCCUCGUCUCGCGGCAGCCCUCACGCUCCGCCGAAGGUAUUUCAAGUACUGGGAGAAACACUCCCAGAAGCUGGCAGCAGGUCUCCAGCUGGAUGUCUCAAACCUUGUGUCCAGUCCAGCCGAAUCGCUCAACAAAGUCGCUGUUGAGAGGGAGCAAAAUCCCACCAGGCCUUCUCAGCUCGAUGCCGAGAAUAAAACUCUUCUAUCAGGAACAGAAGCCUCAAAGUAUAAUUCAGCCCUAGAUGAAAUGACCGAAAAGGGAACAGUGGUGUCUUACGCCUCGACAGCCAUUGAUAGCGAAGGAGGAGUACUGGAGUUUCCGGCUCCUCCAGCAGAGGCAGUCGCUGGCAAGGAUUUUCUCUGUCCUUUUUGCUUCGUCUUAUGUCCCGCAAAGCGCGGCAAAGGGAAGGCUUGGAAAGCACAUGUAUUACGUGACCUGCAGCCCUACAUUUGCACCUACGAAAGCUGCCCGCAGCCAGAUCAACUCUUCAAUAGUCGACAGCUCUGGGUCGAGCAUGAGAAUAUCUUUCAUCGGCGUGUCUGGCGUUGCCAUGAACAUCCCGUCCUUCUCUACCACUCUCCUGAAUCCCUGGUCGCUCACCUGCACCGAGAACACACUGACUCCAUGACUGAGAGGCAGAUUGAAGGCUUAGUCGACAUCUGCGUAACCAGCCUUGUCGACGAUCGCCCUGUCUGCCCGAUCUGCCUUGCUACAGGUGGUUCUUUUGAUGACGACAGCUUCGAGAACCACCUGGCACAUCAUCAGGAGCGGAUUGCCUUGUUCGCGCUUCCUCGAAGCAUUACAGUGGACGAUGACUCGACCGAUCAAAGUAAGAACUCAUUACAAGUGCUAGGAGCUGGGUCGGAGUGUCUACAGGAGACCGAGCCAUUUGACCUGACCAUGGUUCAAGACCUUCGUUUUCUCUUCAAUAUUACUCCUGUCAAAAUCAGAACAAACUUACCAGAAAGACGAGUACCUCCAGAUAAUCGCUGGAUGCCUCCUUUGACGUACAACUGCUUCUCCCUCGACCACGAAAAUAGUACUGGGUGGCACAGAUGGACCGCCAAUGGCAUUGAAUCACUGCAGAACCUUCCACCUGGCGUGGAAGCGGGAUGUGACACAUGCUCUAUCUUCUUCGACUCUGAAUGCGGUCGUUUCAUUGUCACCAAUGCCGACUGUUCCCUUAAGGAUCUGAGCGAUAUUGCAUGGAAGCGUAACCCCCUGUCAGUAGGUUGGAGCCGGGUCGGCUUUGAUCAUGCGUUGUUAUCAAAUAAUCAGCAGCUAUCCAUCGUAUCGUUUUACCCUUACGAGAGUUAUAACCUAAGCGCUCGAGGUUCCCCGAUUUGGAUGCCUCAGUUAAUUCCCCCUAUAUACGACAAUCCACGUGCAGACAAGUAUACUAGCCUUGCCGGGGAAUCAUCGAUCUCGCUGGGAUUUGCUGCAUUCGCAUGUGAGCCACUAAAAGCAGACAUGCUCACGACAAUUGAGAGAAGUUUCCGCCUUCCUUACUGGAUUCCUUCUUCUUCCACCUGGCCUUCGACUAAAUCUCUUCCUCGCUGUCACACGCAGGGGCUCAUCGUGAAAAUAGCACCAGGUCCGUCUUCGAGCAUUGGACGAGUUGAGCUGACGGAUUUCAUGCAUGCGACUGACGCGCUGACAAGGUCCCCUUCUCCGAAAUGA